AUGGUCUACUACUUUACAGUACAAGGCACCAACGACGACUUUGGGUUGCUGGUGCCGACCCAUGAGGUUUACAUGGGCAAAGACAAACACGAAAAUGACCCUUUGAUCAAGUUUUCCCAUCCCAAAAACUUAUGGUUUCAUGUGGACAAGCAUUCUUCCGCUCACUUGUAUCUUCAAUUGAGUGAAGAAGACCAAAACAAAACUUUCGAAAAGUUACAAAUAGAUAGCAAUGUAUUAGACCAGCUAGCACAGCUAACGAAAGCCAAUUCCAUCAAGGCCAACAAGCUCAACAAUGUGACGAUUAUAUAUACCCCAGUGGACAACCUUCAUACUGAUGGAUCAAUGGAUGUUGGAACUGUAACUUUUCAUAAUCCUCAAAAAGUCAAACGGAUUCUUGUUGCAAAGAAAGACAAUGCAAUCCUUAACAAGAUUAACAGGACAAAACGUGAAGAUACUACGGAAAAUUUCAUUUCGCAGCAGCAAAAGAUGCAAAAAGAAUGGUCUACAAAGAAGAAACAACGAGAACGUGAAUGGAAAGCACAAGAGGCCCAGUUAGCCAAGGAACACCAAGCGCAAAGAGAAAGAAACAAAAAUCCAUAUGGGGACUUGUUUACUGAUGAAGUUACCAAUUUGAGCAGUAACGAUACCCGGCAUGAAAACUGGGACGAAGACGAGUUUAUGUGA